AUGGUGCCAACUGAAAUAAAAUUAAUGGCUGACAAAAGAUCUAUUGAUUUGUACCUCAAAUUACUUGAGUCAGGAUCUGAGAAAAAGAGAGACAUACGUUUAGUAGUUGUUGGAAAAAAAGGGUCUGGAAAGACAUCAUUGAUUAGAAGAUUGUUUGGUGAAGACAUUACAGAUGUUACCAGUACAAAUGGAAUAGAAAUUCAUAAAAUAAAAUGCAAAGCAAUGUCUGAUGAUGGUAUAUGGAAUAAGUUAGAUGAAAACAAUGAAGAAACUCAAGCAAGACUUUUUAAAGAAUAUAUGGGAAAACUUCAGGACAAAAGAACAAUUCAAGAACAAGUAGAAUCCCACAUAGCCAUUAAGGACAACACACCAGUAACAUCUGUUGAUGAUUCAAAGAAAUCAGAGACAGCAUCCAAGCAACUGGAAAUAAUAAAACCUCCAGAAGCAGCUGAACCUCAAUCAGAACCUAAAGUAACUCCCCAGCAGCCCUCUGAACAAGCAGCAAGGGAUUUCGAAACUAUGCUAACCGCUAAGUCUAAGGUUGAUGUACAUGACAAAGAGGAGUAUGCUACAUUUUUUCUAUGGGAUUUUGCGGGAGAUGAAGAAUUUUACCACACUCAUCAAACCUUUCUGUCCCAAGAUGCAAUGUAUCUUGUUGUUACAAAACUCAAUGAAGCUGAUGACCCUAAUGCACAAGCUUUAUUCCGACUUUGGAUUGACUCAAUACAUUGCUACAGUAGACUGGAAGAGAAAAAUAUUAUAUCUGAUGACAAGACGACUAUGUCAGGUGAUCUUGAUCCACCAGUAGUUAUUGUUGGCACAUGGAAAGAUGCUGUGACCUCAGAAGCAGACACGGUUGAGGAGGCAUGCAGAGAAAGUUUGUUGGUGUACACCGAGAAUCUGGCAGAUGAUGAACGUGGACAUGUAAGGAGUGAAUACUUUAUUUCUAAUAAAGAAGAUGAUCACGGUGUAUUCCAGCAAAUAAGACGAGACAUUAUAAACUUAGCCAGAGAAAUGCGGGCAUGGAACAAAGAUUAUCCGUUAAAAUUUAUACAACUGGAGCAACGACUUCAAGAAAAGAAGAAAGAGUUACCGAUUAUCACCUAUCAGGAAAUGAAGAACAUUUCUUCUGUUACACCAAAGCCUUUAACUGAGAAAGAACUGAUAUUAUUUCUAGAAUUUCACCAUGAACUCCGAUCUUUAGUUUAUUUCAAAGAUCUCCCAGAGAAUAUUAUUUUAGAUACACAAUGGUUGUCUGAUGCUUUUAAAUGUAUAGUAACAGCAAGGAAAUUUCAAGCUAGUACUAAAAAUCAAAUAAGGUGGAAUGAAUUUUACCAUACAGGUAAAUUAAAUUAUGACGUUUUAGAAGAUAUAUUUAAAAAAGAGACACACAUGUUGUAUGAACAUAAAAACUAUAUCCUGAAUGUAAUGGAGAAAUUUGAUAUCAUUAUACGUCCAAACAAAUCAGGUGCUGAUGCAAAUCCUUACUUUUAUGUACCUUGUAUGGUUAAAGCAGAACCUGAGCAUGACAUUUAUGAAAUGUUUAAUGUGCCAAAAGAUAUAUGUAAAAGAUCCACGUGGUUGUGUUUCAGAUUUCGGUUUCUACCACCACAUUUAAUGAAUCAUUUGAUAGCUUCACUGAGCAGGAAGUAUACAGUUGCAGAAGUGAUUGACAGUAAGAAGAAAAAAAGACAAAUUGCUCUUUUUAAAGGCACUGCUGUCUUUGAGUUACAACAUGAAACAACGAAAUUAAGAAAAUUACUUGUAAUGACAUGUCCAAAUGUUAUUCAGAUUCAGGUUUGGGAAUUUGGGGAAGACAUUAAAAGCGGUUUGUACAAAUACAUUGCCGACUUUGUGACAGAGGAAUUAAACACAAUCAUGCAUACAAGAUUCAAGAUGUCAAAUGUAAAAUUUGAGAAAAAGUGGGAAUGUGGCCUUACUGAGCCAAAGUGUGUGACAGGAUCAAACAUAUUCAUGGAAGAGCCUACAUAUCAAUGUGACACAUGUCAAAUUAAACACAUGUUCAUAGACGAAUGGUCAGAUCAACAAAAUAAAGCACCAUGGCGGUCUCAGAUGUCUGAAAAGACCCAACAUGUUCCAGUAUCGAGUCCUAGCAUAGAUAACAGCAGUCAAAUCGUGCGUGUCCGUGUCCAAGCUGGUAAGAGAGAGCAAUCAAGUGGAUGCAGUUUGAGAGAGUUCACCAUAGAGCAGAUUAAUUUUACAAAGAUGGGAAUAAUUGUGCUUAAUAUUCUUGCUGAUGCUUCAUAUGACCUUCUAAAACCAGAUAAACCACAUCUACGUCCGAGAAGCGAUUGUGAUACAACAUACUUGUACAAUGAGCACAGGAGACUAAACAAACAUACUCCAACUAAUGGAUGGGGAGGGAAUUGGCAAACCAUUCAGGGUACAGACAUAGCUGUUGGAGAUGAUAUUGAGCGCAUAAGACUUACACGGAAUGAACUACAACACUCAACGGCAGCUGAAAUUGGAGAUACACGUUUCAUUGAGUUGUGUAACAUAUUAACUGAUCUUUUAAAACGGUUUGAUCAACUCAACAAACCAACAAGUCUUUAUACAGAUCAACUUAAUGAAAUUAUGGCUAAAACUAUGUCUGCUCAGGAAGUUCAAUCAAUUGCAAAUGAAAUAUUAGGAAUGGAUAUUACAGUUGAAAUAGUGAACCCGAUGAAAGUUCAACCUUAA